CUGGGCAUGAGGAAAGCAGUUAACAUUAAAGAAGUACGUCCACUGUUAUGCAUGUAUGCAAUCACCGGAUUUAGAACAAUCAGCAUUACUGGCAAGUGAGGUUGGCGAGGGGUUUUGUACUCGCAGGCUACGUGUAGACAGCCGACUUGCUGUGCAAUAAUGUCCUGGACGUGACAGUAGAGAAGAACGUGAGAGGUAUCUUGAUGACCCGAUCUCGGGUUGUGUAUUGAUUCAAAGUCUACCCAAGCCGUUAACAGUCAGUCGUCAACAGUAGCCGGUCGCAGCACGUAUUCGGCAUAGUCGCUUCAUUCCAGAGGCUUUCCCGCUGAAGGGUGGACAUAAAUCACGGGUUUGGCGGUUUGUAUGUAACCAUGGCAAUGAGUCAAAGUGUCAGCACCCAAAUAGUAGACUCUGAAAUGAAUGCUCUGGCUAAAAAUUGCUACCGGUUAGUGAUGCUGGGAACCGCUAAAGUGGGAAAAACUGCUAUUGUGAAUCGCUUUCUAGAAAACAGGUUCGACGAAUCUUAUACGCCGACAAUAGAAGACUUCCAUCGAAAGAUUUAUAAAAUCAAAGGAGAAGUAUAUCGUCUGGAUAUUUUAGACACUUCCGGAAAUAAUCCUUUUCCAGCGAUGGAAAGGCUGUCCUUAUUGACGGGUGACAUAUUCAUUCUAGUGUACAGCGUCGAUAACAGAGCAUCUUACGAAGAAGUGUUGCGAAUCCGAGAACAAAUUCUGCAGACCAAAGGCAGCAAGCGAAGCAUAAGUGCAGUUCCCAUGGUAAUAGCUGGCAACAAAUGCGAUAAAGAAUCACGUAGAGAGGUGAGACUGGAAGAUGUGCGAAGGACUCUGGGUAGUGCAAGAAAAUGCAGUUUUUAUGAGACGUCGGCUAAGAAAAACAUUAAUAUAGAUAUGCUAUUCCAAGCCUUGUUUGAACACGCUAAAAUGCCCAACGAGAUGAGCCCAGCCUUACAUCGAAAAAUAAGCGCCACCACAAGUCCAAAUUUAUCAACCAACAGCCGUGGCGUCACUCUAAGGCGCAAAAUAAGCGAUGCGUGCGGCGUGAUAGCGCCCCACGCACGACGUCCUAGUUUGCGUAGUGAUCUAAUGGCCGUCAAUGCUAAAUUAAGGCAAAGUAGAGAUAUGGAACAAGACGAGGAUGAUGGAAGAAAAGACAGAUGUGCUCUACAAUGA